CAUCAUGUCAUGGGGCCUUUAAAUAAAUGCAAAAUGUCUCCUAUCCUAGAAUGUGUAGCCACCAAAAAACGCAAUGCACAAGUUUUUACACAUAACUUCACCAGAAACAAUAAUUAAAUAGUAAAACCAACCAUUUUCUCAGCAUUCUGAGUAUUUUUCCUUUGAUACUUUAAAUACAUUUCCACAUUUAGUGACAUUUAAUGCAGGACUUUUACUUGUUAAUGAGUAUUGAGUCUGUUUUUGCUACUUUUUCUUAAGUGAAGGAUUUUCUUGCACCCCUGUUUGUGAACUACAGUCUUUCCAGCUGACAGCUUGUAUUAUUAACGCAAUGCUUUUUAUUUCUUUGCCUGACUGUAUGAACUUAUGCAAGAUCUUAUAGAUUGUUAUAUUUUUGAAUAACAAAUGCCUUCACAGUGAGCUCUCAAUGGCCUCCAUGUAACCAAAAACGAAUACCCAAUGUAUACCAAAUUAUUAGAACAGAUUUGGCACCAGAAGUUUUAAGUUGGCGUUUCUCCCUGCUCCACUAGGGGCGGUGUGUUGGCGAGUUGGGGGUUUCCUCAGUGCAAAGAUAUUUGUAUGUAGAAGUGAUAGAUGACUUUGUGGUAAAUUGUUGAAAACACCCUCGGAACAUUAUUGGUUUUUUUUUUUUUUUUUUUUUAAACACAGCAAUAUCAACUAUGUUGUAUUUCAAGUGUUUUAUGACCGUGAAGUACAUGUAACCGAAGACAGUACCCACGGGUGUGUUUCGGCAUCGGCUGAAGACGGAGAUCCACGGUCGGGGUGUUUUCUGGAUCAUAACCAUCUGCCAUCUUUGCGGUGUAGCUACAUUAGAUAAACACUUGGUUGCUAUUUAGCUGCUGCCUGUUAGCUUGAAAUCUAAAUUAUGUCAUCGGAGUUUGUGGCUUGUAUCAGGUACACGAACAGGCUAUUACUUAGCUAGCUAGCUUUUUCUAAAGCUAGUCUCGCUAGCAGUGAUAGGCGUCGUUCUCCCUAACGUUAGUCUAUUAGUCCAGGGGAAUUUGAUGUUUUCCUUUCGUAUGUAUCAGUGAUAUUACAUAAUGAGGCGGUAAGCUUGUUGAUGUAGCUUAAUAUACCUACGCCAUACUUAACGCCUGUUACAAACAUUUGGGAGGCAGUAAUUGUAUUUUACAAUGGGAGGCAGCAGAAUUUACAUUAGCAUAGGAUAUGCUACCUUUGGCACCAUGGUUGGACUUUCGGCUUUCCUGGUCUGGAAUAUAGCCUACAAACAGCCAUGGACGGCGGCCAUGGGAGGCCUGUCAGGAGUUUUGGCGCUGUGGUGUCUUGUCACACACAUCAUGUACCUGCAGGAUUUCUGGCGCACCUGGCUCAAAGGCCUCAAGUUCUUCAUCGCUGUUGGUGUGCUCUUCUCAGUUUUUGCAGUGACCACUUUCAUUACCUUCCUAACUCUGGCCAUCACACAGAAGCAAUCUCCGACUGACCCGAGGAGCCUCUAUCUCUCCUGUGUGUGGAGCUUCCUGACUCUGAAAUGGUCCUUUCUCCUGGCCUUAUACUCCUACAGAUAUCGCCAGGAGUUUGCAGACAUCAGCAUCCUCAGCGAUUUCUAGUCAGUACUGGUUUUAUAGUCGGCGAUGGACUUUGAGGAGUUUUAAGCUGCCAGCAGGAGCUGGUCAAAGAGCUUUUGUAACAAAGAGGAGGAAAAGCAGACAAGGCUAGAUUUUAAAAGGUCAUCUGACUCUUACUAUAUGGAGUUGCACUUGCUUAAACUCUGUAUUUGUAUUGUUACCUGUUCUCCUACUUUUAAUGACCCAGAUACUAUAUUCCUGUAAGUAGCCAUAAGUCUAAACCUCUGAAGACUGGAACUGGUUUUGGAUUGAUUGCUUGAGGCUGUUUAUCGAGAGACAUGCUCUUCAGUCAGAUUUUAUCAUGAGAUUGUUUAAUCUUAAUCUUAAAACGGCUAAUGCAUACAAGAAAAUCCCCACCAUAACAGGCGUUUAAUCAAAUAAGUUAAAGUGAAAGUGAAAAUACUCCCAAAAGCCGAAAUCCUCAGAACCAAAACUAAAACCUCCUACCUGAAGCCAUUCUGCUAAUUGGCUGACGGUGUUAGAGUGCUUGAAUGUUUAUACGCAAAUGAGCUUUUUCAGAGAUGCAGUCUUGAACCACAGAAUACUCUCAUCACUAGUGUCUGCAAAGUCAGUCUCUUAGCUCCCUUUCAUCGUCAAUGAAAAAAGUUUGGGAAACUUUAUUUUAUUUUUUUAAAUCCAUUCACCAAUAUGAAUAUUUGAAUUCUCAUUCAAAGCUUUCUAGAUAUGGUAGUUAAUGUACUUACUUUCUCCCUUCAUACCGUGCUUUUCUUUUAGUAGAAUUGAAGAAAGAGCAUUAUUGUGGAAUUUGUGCUUUUCAUGUUUAUUUCCACCAGGGGGAGACCUGCAUUUUUCAGUCAAGAGUCCACUGGAAAAUUAUGACAUUCCUUUUAGGAGAAUGCAAAUUAAUUUGAAAAAUGAUUGCACUUUAGUCUUUCAUAUUGAUGCCAAUGUUUUACACUCAAAUCCUAAUACAAUGGAAUAAUCAUUUACAUGGCCGUCUCUGUUUCACCCUUUUUUUUAAAUGUUGAAAGAUAAUAUAUGUAUCAUUUAUUUUACUGUUAGUAUGAUUUGUGUAAGUAAAGUUAAACUAGGCUGUGUAAGUGGUUAAGUCCCAGCUGUUGCUCAUGUCUGCCUGCUACCAGGAAACCAUGUUUAAAUGUAUUUUUGUUGUUGAGAGAUUAUGAAUGUGAGGGAUUAUGAAUGCGAGGAUGCUACAUGUAAAUAGAAACUGAACCCAUUAAAGUUGCAUUCAUCGGUAAUU